GAGGAGAAACUUAGCUAUUAGUGUGGCAGGGUCAUGAAGAGGAGGCGGUGGCGGGAGAACGGAGGAGGCGGAGGGGCCGCGAACUUGCGGUAGCCAGCGCUGGGCUGGUGAUUGUGGCCGCGUGGCAGGGCGAGGGCCCCAGCCCUCGGGCAGCGGCCGGGGCUCUGGGCUGAGCGCGGCGGUGGAGCCGCCGCUGCCGGUCCCCUGGCUCCGCCAUGUUCCGCAGGGCACGCCUUAGCGUGAAGCCGAAUGUCAGGCCUGGUGGAGGCGCCCGGGGCUCCGCCGCUCCCAAUCCCCAGCGUGGACCGGAGGCUCCCAGGCCUCCCGAGCCCGCCACCGAGCCCGCUCCGAAGCCAGCGGAGCCUACAGAUGUGCCUGCGGUGGAUUCCGGAGGAGCGGAGCCCCAGGAAAAGGCUCCCGGGAGCAGUGAUGCAAAGGCUGGUGAUGAAAAUAAUGUUGAAGAGUCCAGCAAAUCAUCCUCUGCUGUUCCACAGAGAAGAAAGCCAUCGUCAAGCACGUCUAGUCUUGCGAAGCCUACUGUUAGUGUUCCUUCACAGUGUCAUCCCUUAUCUACAGUUAGUCACGAUGCUCCACAGCCAGACCCUACUCCAGCUAAAGAGAAACAGCCAUGCUCAGAUAGAUACCGAAUAUACAAAGCCCGGAAACUGAGAGAAAUGUUGAAAGAAGAAUUGAGGAAAGAGAAGAAACAAUGGAAAAACAAAUUUGCUACAAAUGAAAGCCAGAGGCCACCAGAUCGUUCGAAAAUGACUAUGAGAGACUUCAUAUACUACCUGCCAGAUAGCAAUCCAAUGACUUCUUCAGUGGAACAAGAAAAGAAAAACGAAAAGUCUGUGGCUUCCACCCCAACAAGAGAUAGGCAAGAAAAUCCGAGCACUCAUGAUGCUGACGAUAAUGAGGAAGGGGAAGAGGAGACAGAUGAUGGGCCCCUGCUGGUUCCUCGAGUAAAAGUGGCAGAAGAUGGUUCUAUUAUUUUAGAUGAAGAAAGUCUAACUGUAGAAGUUUUGAGAACAAAAGGCCCCUGUGUUGUUGAGGAAAAUGAUCCUAUAUUUGAGCGAGGCUCAACAACUACUUAUUCCAGCUUCAGGAAAAACUAUUACUCAAAACCUUGGUCAAAUAAAGAAACAGACAUGUUUUUUUUGGCCAUCAGCAUGGUAGGAACUGACUUUUCUAUGAUUGGACAGCUUUUUCCUCACAGAGCAAGGAUAGAAAUUAAGAAUAAAUUUAAACGUGAAGAAAAAACAAAUGGAUGGAGAAUAGACAAAGCAUUCCAGGAAAAACGCCCUUUUGACUUCGAUUUUUUUGCUCAUUUGCUUCAGAAAGUUCUUGCUGAAGAAGAAAAAAGAAAACAAAAAUCUACUAAAUGUCAGAGUUCAAAAGAAAAGGCCUCCAAACCGCGGAAAAAUGUAAAAGCAAAAAAGGUAACUAGUGAAGAAGUGAAUGAUGAUCCAGAAGAGUCUGUAAAUAGUAACGUUUCAGACCCAGAAAGAUCUCUAAAAGAUGCUCAGACAGUCGCUGAAGAGGAAUCACCAACUUCGUCAGGGCAGGAGUUAGAACAGGCCACGUUAGAGCAAGACCAAAAUCAAGAGAAGAGGAGGAGAAGGAGGAGGAGGAGGAACCAAGAUGAAGCUGAUAAACAGGAAGCAACAAAUGCCUUAGGAAACGUCCACGUUGAGUCGAGUCCUCCUGUAGCAGAAAUACCCAAGAAUACACGCCCUUCUGAGGAAAAUGAAGGUGAAUGCAAUAGGGAACAGAUACCUUCCUUCCCACAGAACACAGAUGACGAUGUCGCAGGGUUAGCAUCCAGUGAAAAGACGGAGAUGAGAACUGACUCCGUUCCUUCCACAUGUAAUCAACAGGACAUCAUGCCACUAGCAAGUGAGUCCUCAGAAUCAAGGGGUGCAGAUUUGCCUGUGUCAGAAGUUGGGAGUGCUGCCUCUUGUGAAGUAAAUAAUGAUGGAAGUACUUGUAUAGAAGAAAGAAAUACUGACCUAGAGAAUAAACCACCAGAGCCUGAACAAACAGAAGCUGUUAAACCCAAAGCAAGAAGUCGAUUCCAGAGACCUAAACCUAAUCUGUCAAGGGCAGUUGGGAAAAAAACAGUUGCUUCACAAGAUAAACAAGAUGAAAGGAACAAGAAUUCUCCUUCAGAAACUUCAUCUGAAAAGAAUCACGUGGAAAAGGAGAGAAUGAAUAUAUCUGAAAAUUUUGGGACAGAGAAUAUAGAAAGAGAGAAGAACCUAGGUGCUGAAACUGUGUCUGAUUUGAGCGAAAAAUCUUAUAUACCAGAAGAUGGUCAACCAAAGGUCUCAAGACCUGCACGACUAAUGAGGGGCCGAAUGCAAAGACCAAGGCCAAAUAUACAGAAAGCUGCAGAAAGAAAAGAGAUUCCUACACCACAGGAAGAAAUUGGGGCCCAUGUAGAGAAGAACGAAGAUGAAUCUGGUGUUGAUAGAGAAAAAAAUGAAUCCUGUGUCGUGAUUCCUCAACAAAUGGAAAAUGUGUCCCUUCAUAACCUCCAGUGUGAAGAAGUCAUAUCACAGCCUGAAGAAAAAGGUCCUUUAGAAAAUGUGCAGUCUGAUGAGCCCAAGUUUCUUGAUGACUGUCCAAGUAUUCAAGAGGGCAAUAAAGCAAAUCAAGUGAAACAAACUCCAGUUCUAAGGACGCGAUUUCAGAGACCAAAACCAAAGCCAAAUACAGGGAGAAAAAGACUGGCCUCCAGAGAAGGGGCACCAGAGGAGACUCCUGUUUCCGGAGAAAUAAUGGCAACUUUGGAAGACACUGUAAAACCAGACACUUCACCAAGGGAGAAGAUUCCAAAUGUAACUAUUGCUGGUCUUACUGAUACUCCUUCCACUAAGGAAUUGGAAUCAGAUUUGGAAGACACUGGAAGAAAUGACAUAUCUUCUAAUAUGAAGAUGUCAGAAAUGACGGAUGCCACUAUGGAAAUGGAGAUAGGUUUGGAAACAAUUGGGAGAGAUACUUCCCCAGGGGAGAUGGGAGCAGAAAUAAUUGACAUCCCUAUGGAAACAGAGACAGGUGUAAAUGAGAUUUCUCCUAUGGAGAAGGUGCCAGAGCUGAUUGAUACCACAGAGGAAAUUUAUACAAAUCUGGAAGAAACUGCAAGAAGAGAAAUCUUUCCACAGGAAAAUGGCCUCAAGGAAGUCAGUCCAAUUAGUGAAACAGAGACGGGCUUGCAAGAAACUGGAAAAGAGUUGCCCACAGGAGACUGGACACCAGAUAUGAUUGAUAGCACUGAAGAAAGGGAGGCACAUUCAGAAGAAACUGAAGGACGAGAAAUAUCUGCACCAGAUAUGAUUGAUAGCACUGAAGAAAGGGAGGCACAUUCAGAAGAAACUGAAGGACAAGAAAUAUCUGCACCAGUAAAAGAGUCAGAGGAGGCCAACACCAUGGGUGAAAUGGAAACACACCUGAAAGAGAUUGGAGGAGAAACUUCCCAAAGAGGAAACAUGGUGGUCGCUCCAGCAGAGCAGCUGGUUAGUGAGGUGGAUAUGUUCAGCCGCACACACAGAGAAGAGGUACGAGUGGAGCGGAGCGCCAGGGAAGGAGAGGAGCUGGACCUGCAGGGAACUGGAGAAAGAGUCACUUCUGUGAUGGCCGUGGAGUCAGGAGAGACGGCUGCCAGCGAGGAGGAAACUAGCAAAGAUCUGAAGCAGACAGGGGAGAUUUCUGACUCUUGGGAGGCAGGUUGUGGAGAGAUCAUUGUUGGGGAGGAAAUGGUGGCAGUCUUAGAAAAAACAGAAGUAGAUGUUUCUCCAAGAGACUGUGAACCUGAGGAGCAUAUCUCAAGGCAGCCCGCGGCAGAUGUAAAUCAGAGCAGCAGUGACGACAGUAGCCCUGAGCCUUCACUGGAUAGAAAAAAUAUUAGUAAUAAAACAUCAGUGAUGUCUACAUUUGUGGAAGAAAAAGAAAACGCUGACAAGGAAGUAUCAAGUCACUUAAGUCAUGUGGAGUCUUCUUCACCGAAUUCUGGACAACAUGAAACAGAUCCGGGGAUACGACUUCCAGAUGUCCUAGAGCAGUUUUCAGAUACCAACUUAAGCAAAUCUCUUCCUCAAGAACAGAAGCCACUUGAAGUUAAACCAGCUCCUUUUCUGAGAAGCCGAUUCAAAAGACCAAAACCAAACUUGUCAAGAGCAGCUUUAAAGAGAGCAACCGCAGAAGCAGAGCAUGGUGUACCUGGGAAGAAAUCAGAAACAGACAAAAUGGUGACCAUCAUGUUACAGCAGGACAGCGAGCAAGCUGAUUCUCCCUCUUCUCAACAUGUACCUUCCCUAAUGGCAUCAAGAGAAAAUGAUAACUCGGGUCCUGAGGAGGAGGCUGUGAUACUGCCAUGCAUACAGACUGAAAAGGAUUCUUCACCGCCCAAUUCAUGUGAACCUAAAGAGGAUUCUCUAACACAAAACCAGGAGAAUGGCUUAGUUGUUCCUAUUGGAACUCAGAAAAUGAACGUGGUCACACAAGAAACAAAGCAAAGUGUCCAAAUUACUCUACCAGUGAGAGGUCGACUUCAAAGACCAAGACCAAACGUACUAAAGGCCAGACAGAGACAAGUAGUAGACAGAGGUGACGCUGAAGGCGUGGCUAAGAAUGAAGGCUCAGAACUGCCGAAAGAUGACGUAAAAGCAUCCCUGGCGAUGGUGAAUUCUCACAUUGAAAGUGAAGGUAAAGCUGUAUCCUUCGGAGUUUCAGAGUUGAGAGUGAAUGAAAGUCACAGCCAUGUGGUUCCUGCAGAAAACUUAAGUAUUAACAAAACCAGUAUUUUAGAUGAACAGAUAAGGCCUGAAAACAAACCUCAUGUGCCUAGUCCAGCACAGCUGAUAAGAAGGAGAUUCCAAAGGGUUAAACCAAAUUUAGGAGGAGCGCACCAUAAAAAAGAGCAACCAAGUGUAGAAAAAGACACAACAGAGCAGAGCACAGCCCCAGAACCAGAAGACCAUGUGCUGCCGAAGGGAGACUUGGCCAUCCAGCUUUCUCUAAAAGAAAAGACGGAGAUUCUGACACCUCUGGAGGUUUCAGAAGGAAAAGACUGUGUAGUUCCUGAAGAGUCGGGCUCUGACAGAAAUGAUGCUCAGCUGAGAGCUGCACCAGCAGGAGGUGCUAGGGCCGAGACUCUGGAAGACCAUCCUGCAUUGUCUUUGGGGCUUGAAGAACACGGGCUUAGUAAACAAAUUAGCCAUCCACAACUAUUGAAAGAAUCAAAUUAUUCCAAAACUGCUCUGCAUCGAAGAACGACUCCCUCUUCUGCAUCUGAGUGUGAGAUAGAUCACAGUGGGAAAAGAGCACAUAGGAAGAUGAAACCAAAUGUGACCAAAGGGCGUGGAUCGAAACGAAUUCGAGGUAAGACUGCUAAGAAGGAACCUAGAGCUUCCAAGUCUGUGUUGGUGACUCUUCGGGCUUCUCAGAAAGAGGAUGAAGAUGAUGCUGAGGAUUUUGAUUCUGACUAUGAGGAAGAAACCUGUCAUCUUGCCCCAGAAGAAUUAAACAAAGCACCAGUGUUUGUACCUGUUGGUCUCAGAUCCCCUGAACCAGUGUCUGCUCAGAUCGAGGAAACAAUGGAAGAGCUUGAGAUAACCAUGGAUGUUGCAGACAUGGGAUGUGUAACUGUUGUUGAACAUCAGCUUUCAAACAUGGAUGCAACAACUCAGGAUGUGCAACCCGAAGAUUUGCAUUCAUCAUCAUUUGAAAUGGUCAUAAGUGAACAGACCCAAGAAGAACCAGGUCCCAGUGAUGGAAGCACGGAAGCUGCCAUAACUUUACUUGCAAUGGGAGACAUAGUAUUGCAAUCAGAGAUCAUCACUGAACAGGGUGAUGGAGUAUGUGUAUUUCCUGAUGUUCAUUCAAAGGAUAAAAGUCAUGUUCCUUUUAGCCCAGAUAAUGUAAAUCACAAAAUUGUUCAUGAAUAUCAGGAAGUUUCUUCACCUGUCAUUAGUAUAUUGCCUGCAUCACUUGAGGAUAACAAGAUUGUAUCGAAGGAGCAAAGUGCUGGAGAAGAAGCUGGUACGAUGGAAGAAGUAAUGGAGAACACUGUGUCCACCAGGAAUACAGCGUCUACAAUGACCAAACAUUUGAGAAUGGAGAGUCAUUUUAUUUUACCUGAGCCAAAUUCUGAGAAGAUCUUAGAAAUUUGUGGGCUGGAUGGUCAUCAGGAAGUUGCCAGUGUUUGUGUAACCAAAGGGACAGAAAUGGGAGUUCAAAGAGAAACUGAAGAAAAUGAUUCUGAAGCAAUACAAUUAGAAGAUCAAAGCCUUGAGCCUGCAGAGACUGGGGAGCAGCACCAAUUGCCAUGUGUGCAUGAUGUUGAAGGGGCCAUUGCAUCUCAAGAAGCAAUCCUGAGUGCAAGAAGUGAAGAUCAAGAGACGAACUUGCGAGAGGUUCAGAUGUUGGGUGCUGCAGUUGCUUCGUCUGAGAUUGGGACCCACACACUUGAUUUAGGUCAGGGUCUUGGUGAGAGUCCUGCUGAAGAGCCCCUCAGAGAAAACUCUAAAGGCAACAGCAUGCUCAUGCUUCAGGCACCAGAGAUUGCACCGUCUAAUACUCCUGAAGUCCAACAAGAAAAUAUGAUCAGUCCUCAAGACGUAACAGUGAAUCUAUUUACUAAUCUACAGCAAGAUGGAGAAGAUGAACAAGCAUUCAUUUUAACUUUGGUAGAAAUUCCAACUAAUGCAACAGAAGGAUUCACUGAUGCCUCCAUGCAGUUAAUGCCAAGCUCUCUACUGCCAGCACCGAUACUGGUGACAUCUGGGAACACAGUGGAAAGAGGUGACCUGAGUGGGAAUUUACAAGCAACUUCAGUUGUUGAAGAUGCCAUAUGCUUAUCAUCUGGAAGUAGUGAUUCUGAAAAGCUCCCUGCUAAAUUGGACCCUAUAUCCAGGAAGAGAGUUCAUUGUGGUCCUGAUGAAAACAUUCUUGUACCUCCUGCCAAAAAGUCUGCAGUUACUCCAGGAAUUGAUUGUCAAGAGUGUGCCUCUGAGGUAUGUUCAAAGGAAUUAAAUGUUUUUGAGAAAGCAGAGGAGUCUUGCGUGGGACAAGGCAUUUUCCCUGCCUCAGAGAGUACACCCACAACCCCCAAACCUCAAAAGGAACACAAUGAACCAACUUUUCAGAAUGCAGGAGUGAGAUCUCCUAAUGAAAUAAAAGAUGCAUGUGUGGAAAAGACCAUGACUCAGUUGCCUCAGGAUGAGAUGGUGUCUGAUAAAGAAGAGAAAACUGGUCCUGUUUCCAGUUCUGAACAAAGGGAUAGCAUGACAUCGUCUUCAAAACCCCCUCUGACCAGACCUGGCAGAAGACCUUUGGGAUUUUUGUCUUUAAUAUGUCCCAAAAAUAGUUUGGACUCUGAUGAAGUGACUCAAACCCAUAGUAAGAAACGCCUAAAACCUCAUAUACCUGUAUCACGACGAAAUUUGAAAAAAUCUAAUCUAGUUAAUGCAAACCAGAAAGAAAAUGAAUCUUCUGAUCCCCUCCCAUCUCCAAGUAGUACUGAUACUACUGGAAGUUCAGCCACUCAGGCUUCUUCUGAUCAGCCACCACUAAAAGAAAAGUGUAAAAAUGGACCAAAACAGGCAUCUGAAGAGGAGGCGACCACAGUCUCAGAGUUUGUCUUCAGUGACAUCUUCAUCGAAGUGGACGAAACAGAAUAAAGCACUCUUCUGGGUUUUACUUUCUUCCCUUUUCCUUUCCAUUUUUGUAGUAAGUUUGAGACUUCCAGAGUCGCUGAUGUUAAUAAGCAGUGUUUAGAAGAACACCACUGCCUGUUUUUAUUAGGUCAAUUUGAAUAUUUAUUGAGCUUAAUUUGCAACUUUUAUAAUCAGUGGAAAACAUUUCAUUCUGAAAUACCAAGCAAUUAAGACUUUUCUCUCUGACAGACAUUUUAACUUGUUUACAUUUGAUUCACCCUGUGCUGAGCACCUGGACUGUGUGGAUCCACAUCUGUAUAAAUCAUAGUGCUGACAUUCUUGGAGCCUGAUUGUAUCUAACAUUAGUGACCUUCUUUUUGUAAAGGUGGUUUUGUUUGUUUUGGGACUUUUUGUUUGUUUUGUUUUGAGGGUGAUGAAGGUCUGUUCAAUUGCCUGUAAGUAUAUGAAAACAAAUUGUGAAACUCCACUUUGGUAUGGUAAAGUUAAAACUUUUCUAUUAUCAGCCAUUUGGCUGAAAAAUGUGUAUUUUUCUAAUUCAUGGUGAUGUAGCAUUAGUUGUAAUUGAAGAUCUAGUAUUUAAGCUUGCUAUUUAUAAAGACAGAACAUCAAAGAGAUUAUUUAUUUUUAAAUUUUUUAUUUAAAAGUAUAUCCCGAUUUAAUUAUUUUCACUUAUCAGAUUUGGCCAAUGAAAACAUUAACAAAUAAGUUGUCUCCUUUUCUGCUUUACUUUUAAAGCUGUUUUAAAAUGUCAUAACCAAAAAUGUUUAGGUAGUGUCUAUAUUUUGAAUAAUUUUCUCAUACUUUAGUAUAUUGAAUUUGUACUGUGCAUUUUUUUCCUUUUUUAUUCUAUUAUCUCAGGAUUUUCAUUGGAAGAAAAAAUUUAGCAUAGGAGACAGUGUAAAACAAUCUUCUACUCACACAGACACACACGCUCCUUUAAAAAACAACAACAACAAAACUAGUGAUAGAUUUGUUUCCCCCCUACUAAAUUUUGCUCACAGUAUGUGGAGGCUUUUAACCCAGAACAUGAUUCUGAUGCUAAAGUAGAAAAUAUGACAGGACAACUUUGUAAAACUGUGAUUGUCGUCAUUAUGUAUGGACUUAGGUGUUUUUUUAGCUUUGAGACUUUAGUCAUUUAUAUAAGUGUCUUACUUCUCCUAACAGAUUUUCCUUGUUUCAAAUUAAACUCCUCAAAGAACUCAUAGCUCUUUUUCCACAGGUAUUUUUUAGAGCUGUAGACUGAGGGAUGCUAGUGGCAUCUGUGCAGUUCUUCUGGUUUGUGUGACUGGCAGAAGGGUGCUGAGUGAGGGGCAGGACUGCCUGGACUUUUACUUAGGCCCCGCACAGUAGGCUAAGUUUCCCUUUCCCCCUUGAAGACAGGGUUUCAUGUCCCAGACUGGCCUUGAGCUUUGUAGAUGAGGGUGUUCUGAACUUUCAUCCCUAGUCUUCACUCCAGGUCUGGGGUUACAGGAGUGCACCACCAUGACCAUUUUUAUGCUGUGCUGGAGUAGAACCCACGGCUUCCCGCAUGCUAGGCAAGUCCUCUACCAACUGAGCUUUCCCAGUCCUAGACUACAGUGGUUCUUGUCUGAUGGUGCUGAUGUCUAUAUUUAGGAGUUAUUUGUCAUAGAAGUUGUCAAAUGUGCCUAAGAUUAAAGAAACUAUUGAGUGUAUUAUGAAAUGAUCAGUACUUCAAUUGAAAAAAAUCUUUUCACAUCUAGGGAAGUUUCAUCUUUGUAUAUUGAUAAAAUGAUGGAUCACUUUUCAAGUUUCUAAAUGAAAGAGGCUAGGACUCAGUAAGUCUAGAGUGAUGCUAAUUCACUGACAUUUACUGUGAGCAUAUUUCUCAUUCUGUGGCUUAAAGUAAAAUAUGUGGUUUAACCUCUGUUAUAAAGAAAGAUCUAUAAAUUAAAUGGAAAUUCUCAAAAGUAUGCAUCUAUUCAUGUGAUUAAUGUCACAAAAUCAUGGGGGUAAUUCACAUUGUUAUUUCAGUGUUGUUUUUGUAAAUUUAAAAAUUUCAUAUUCUGUAAAGGUUGUUUCUUACUGUUAACUUGGGUUAGAUCACCGCAACUAAACUAUUAUUUAUCCCUGUAUAAUAUUUAUUUUUUUAACAUCUGUCUCUUGUUCGCCUGUAAUAAAGUGAUUUUAUGAAAGAUGUAAUUUAUUGUGUAAAGAAUAGAAGAGCAUUUGUUGUAUAAAGAAUCAAGUCAAGUCAACAAAUUGCCCUGCUGCUGCAGCCUCAAAGCAGGUGUUGGGAAAAGAAACAUAAUCAGGGUCUUAGCUUUAAGGGGGAAAGGUCUGCGAUGGUGUAAAGAUGUUGCCAGGAAUUUGCUGUAUAAAUCUUCAAGGAGAUGUGAUUAAAGAUCUGUACCUUUUCCUGAGUUUUCCUCCUGAUCACUUAAAUCUUAACAGGUGGCCAGUCAUGGGUUAAAAGUCUAUGUUGAUAAAUGAUUAAGGCAUAGAUAAAAAUUAACAUCCACUGUUAACCACCACAUUCUUCUAAAUGCAAGUGACCAUGUAUACUGCCUUGCUUGAAGGAGUUUUUGAUAAAAGAAGCAAUAUCUGUCAUUUGUAAAUUUUCUUGUUCUAAAGAAAGCAGUUCUAUAUUCUGUAGAUAAAAAUUAUGUAAAUAAAAGUUAUUUUAUAUCA